GGAAACCGGGAGGACCGACAAGUCUUUCAAAGAUCCAGGAGAAGCAAGCCAGUAGUGAAGAGGAGGACAAUGGGGCCUCUGGAGUGGUAGAAAGCACUGAGGGUGAAGGUGUCAUCAUGACCCCAAAUCUCAACAUGCUGAUGCUGCUAUUGGCCGUCACCACGGUAACGGUUCUGGCCCAGAAGCGGCGCCCGGCAUCAAAGCCGAAAGUCACCACGGACGAGUGGAACUUCAGGGAUGGCUCUGAUAAGGUGAACAUGCGCGGCAUUGCUAACCUGACUCAGACCCUUGACGACUGGAGGUUCGACAUCCUGAGCCAGAUGAGAGGACUCCUGCAGAACGACCACCAGUCUGUGCUGCCUGACUACGCCAGGAUCCAGCCGCUGUCUGAGGCUUUAAACGACCUCUACACGGAGUUCAAUGCCCUCAAAGCUCACCUGGGCGACCUGACCGAGAAGUUCAGCGCCAUUGAAACCUUCAUUGACGAGGUCAAGGAAAGCCGCACCACCAACACCAACGCUGAUGCAGGCUCCACCCCCAGCGGGGGCAUCGUCCCCGUCGUCCCCGUCGUCAGGCAGGGCGGGAGGAGGGUGAUAAAGAAAAAGCCAACGACUUCCUAAACAGCCAAAAUGAUGUUUGUUUCUUCUUCUCAGGCUUUCUUAUCUCUGUGUCCUGAUCCUCCUUUGAUGUCAUUGUUAUCACAUGUUAUAUAUCGUACCAAGGCACUCCCAGUUUAAAAACUCUGGAUAUAUUAAGUUGAACUUGGCAUGUUGCCGAGAUCAACUUAAUAUUCGUUUUUUGAUAUAUUGCGAUAUUUUCUCUAAAUACAUAUUGUUUUUCUGUUAUGCAUUUUUAAUUACCUGUACACAAAGUGGUACAAUUCACAAUUGGUUUAAAAACAUAUAUUUGGUCCUUCCAUUAAAUAGGAAAAAGAUCUUAGUUUGUGUGCAUGAAAUUGACAUUUAGGAUGCAUUUUGGGUUACAUUACAUUGGAUGCAUUGCAUUGUGGGAUUAUGAGAAGAAAACUGUCCAUGCCAUGAUCACAUUGUAGAUUCUUUAUCCACCGCCGGCGGGGGUUACGGGGCUUAACGGGCUUUUUUUACGAAACUGUGUCUCAAGGCUUCUUAAAAUGUAAUAAACUAUGAAUGUGUCAUACUCACUUAACGGGAAGAAACUAAGCUAACUGACUAUAUGAUCAAUUUUUACCGAAACAUAACACAAGUCUCACAAGAAGCGUGUAAAUGAGCCACUUAGCACAGAACUCUAGGUAUAAAUCGAUCGAUAUACUUAUCGGAUCUGCACAAACAAGCUUUGCUAGAAAGCUGAGAUUCCACAGGUUCUAGAAAUAUAAGUAUCAUCACUGAGCGAUCAGAACUCGCAACAGGGGAAGCAAAACCAG